AUGACAACGCUCAUGAUGACGUCUCAAACCGCUAUCGAUACUUCUUAUCUCAUAGUGGGCUCAGGAGUCCUUGGUACAUCAACUGCUUACCAUCUCUCACUUGCACACCCCACGUCAUCCAUAACCCUCUUGGAUCGUUCAUCCUCCUUUCCAUGUUCGCUUGCUGCUUCUCAUGAUUACAACAAGACUGUUCGUGCCGAUUAUGAAGAUAUAUUUUACUGCGAGUUAGCGCUCAAAGCCCCUAGGAUUAUUAGACCGGAUGAAAUGAAAAGUUUGUAUGGUGAAUUUUUCAAAGGAACGGACUGGAGAGGUGUGAAAGAAGUUUUCAUCAAUGAAGGUAGUGGAUGGGCUGAGGCUAAAAAAGCAGUUCGCAAGGUGACCGAGAUGGCAAUGGCGAAUGGUGUAAAGUUUGUCAAGGGAGACGUGGAGAAUCUUGUUUUGACAGUGGACGGGGAUUGUAUUGGCGUAAUGACGAAGGAUGGUAGGACUUUUCGCGCAGACAAGAUCAUAUUAUCAACUGGAGCAGGUACAGCGAAGUUGCUCGCAAAUUCCGCGCCGCAGAUGCAUCACCUCCUGGCUGAGGAUCGGAUUACAGCAGCUGCAAUUGUUUCUGGCCAUAUAAAUUUGAGUGAGACUGAUUACGAUAGGAUCAAAGACACCCCUGUGUUCGAUCAUGCAGUCGGGGAUGUCUUAGGUGCAGUACUCCCUCCCACUGAUGGAAUUCUCAAAUUCUAUCUGGAUGCCACUCUCAAAAAUACAUCACUACAUGAACGCUCAGGUCAUAUGAUAUCAGCUCCGCCUGAUGAAGCCGACCAAGCGCAACAUAACGUUCCCAAAAAGCUCCAGAAGGAAUGUUAUCGAGUAAUGAAAGGGAUUUACGGUGAACUAGCUGAAGAUCUGAAAUUCGAUUCUUUUCGCAUGUGUUGGGAUGGGAUUACCCCGGACCAAGAUUUUAUAAUCUCGGCACAUCCACGAUGUCAGAAUUUGCACAUUGCCACGGGAGGUUCUUUUCAUGGGUGGAAAUUUCUACCAAUCAUUGGAGAUUACGUUGUUCAGAUGCUUGACAAUAAAUUGGAUAUUAAUCUUCUCAAGCGAUGGGCAUGGGAUCGUGAUCAAAAGAGAAGUGUACAUAAGAAGUUUGUUCCCAAACGAGAGCUGAAGGAUUUGAUAUGA